AAAAAUGCAAGGGAAAACAAGAAACAUGCGUUAGUGAAGAGAAGAAGCUUGUCUUUGAUCAUCUUUUCCAUGGUGUCACAAACAAAAUAAAAAAAUGUCCGGUAUAUCACUUAUAUCAUUGGAGGGCAGUGACGUGAUAGAUGUACCACUUACAAAGACCGUGAUAGGAAGGGGACCUUUCCUGCAGGUCACUGAUAAGAAGGUUUCAAGGAACCAUGGCAUACUGGAAGUAGAGAAUGGAGAUUUAUACCUGACACCUACUCACAGUAAUCCAUGCUUUUUCAAGAAAAAUGGAGGAGGCUCAGCAGUGGCUCUGCCUAAGGAUGAAAAGCGAUGCCUCCGGGCAGGGGAUGUAUUUGGCUUACUACCAGAUAAACUCUUCUUUAAAGUAAAAUCAAACAAAAUCACAAAUGGAGCCAACAAAGGUGGCGUUCAAAACGAUACUGCAGCCCCGAAGUCAGCAGAUUCAGAAAAUGAGGAAAAAGAUGAAGAGGAGAUGGAAGAGGAAGAUGAUGAAGAAGAUGUUGGUAAAAAAGGAAAGAAGACAGUGCGACCUCCAGGAAAAGGUGAUAUGAGUAUGCCAACUGACAAGAAGCGAGUUCUGCCAAACUGGAUGGUACAGAUAGCCAAAGUAUCUGGGGGUCCAGCUAGUCCGACCAAGAAGGCAACUGCUAAACCUGAUCAGAAAAAAACAGCAACACCAAAAAAGGGAGAGUCUGAUGAGGAACAAAAAUCACCCAAGAAAAGAGGCAGAGGAGCAGCUCCAAAGAAGAAAGAUUUCAGCGAAUCAGAAGAGGAAGAGUCAGAAGAAGAAUAUAAACCCAAGCCAACCAGUCGAGGCCGUGCAGCAACUCAGAAAAAGAAGGCAGCCAGUGAAUCUGAGGAGUCUGAAGAAUCAGAAGAGGAGUACAAACCAAAGCCUCGUGCUCGAGGCAAGGCUACUCCUAAAAAGAGGAAAAAAGAUGAGGAUGAGGAGGAUGAAGAUGAAGACGAGGAGGAGGAGUACAAACCUAGAAAUGCUGGAAGAGGACGAGGAAGAAAACCUGUCGUCAAAUCUCCAUUAAAACGAGCGAAGAAACAGAGUGACUCUUCUGAGGAGUCAGAAGAGGAGUCACCAAAAAAGAGGAAGGAUGAGUCCGAGGAGGAGGAAGAGGUGAAAAAAAAGCCAUUUAAAAGAGUUAGACGAGUGCGAGAUUGGAAUACCCCAUCCACAAGUCGACCAGCUCGGUCAGCAGCUACAAAAAGGGGCAGUUAUGUAGAUGAAUUUGUCGCCCCUGAUGACUUGUCUGAUGAAGAGGAGGAUGUGUCAGAUGGCAAGGACAGUGACUUUGUACUGGAUGAUGAUGACUCGGGCAGCGACUGGGAGGCAUCAAAUAAGAAAUCAAAAAAGGCACAAAAGAGGACACCAGGUCGUAAGAGAGGACGUCGAAAGCGAGGUUCUGAUAGUGACUCUGAUGAAAGUUAUGUUCCUCGUGUCAGUAAACGCAGAGCAAGUGCUGCAGCAACUAGGAAAUUCAAAGACUUUGAUGAUGAUGAUUCAGAUGAAGAAUACAGACCUAGACCUUCAGCACGACGAGGAAGAGGACGACGAAAGAAAGAAAGUAGCGAUGAGGAGGAUUCUGAGGAGGAAUACAAAGCCAAGAAGGGGCGACCUAAGAAAAAGAAGAGUGAAAGUGAAAGUGAAGAAGAGGAGGAGGAGGAAGAAUCUGAGGAUGAAAAGCCUACAGCUAAAAAAACCCAGAAAAAAGAAAAAGAUGAAGAAAGUGAAGAAUCUGAUAGUGAGGAGGAAAAGAAGAAACCAUCAAUGGCAGCAACAAAACAACAAUCAAAGCCAGUAACGAAAAAAGAGAGUGAUGAUGAUACACCGAAAGUGAAAAAGAGAAAGAAAUGCAUGUUUGGGAAGAAAUGUUACAGAAAAAACCCAGUUCACUUUGCCGAUUUUUGCCACCCAGGAGAUGAUACAUUUGACGAGGAAGACAGUGAAAUGUCAGAUGAUAUGUUAGCCAAAAAAUUUGCUAAAUACAAGGACAAUAUGAAAGAAAAGGCAGGCCUAAAUAGAAAAAGUAGGAAAACAGAUUCUCUGGGUGAUGAUGAUGGUCUUCCAAAUACAUAUGAUUAUGAAGACUCCUUCAUCGACGACACACGUUCCUCAGGAGACAGCGAUGAGUCCGAACCGAAUCCAGGAGACUCUGAUUCAGAUUUUGACCCAGAAAAUUCAGAAGAUAUUCGCAGGCUUGUCAAAGAUGCCAAAGGAUUUAUCAAGAAUAAGAAAUUGCAGAACAUAAAAUCCUAAUGGAGUUCAAUCUGGACAUGAUUUUUGAACAGAUUUUUAAUUUGUAGACCAACCGGUGUGGUUAUAAAACAGAUAAUUUUGACAAAGAUGGCAGUUUCUUUUUAUUUUCCAUCUUGUAAAUGUUACAGUAGACAGAUAAUCUUUGGAAAAUUGUUGCCAUAUUGGUAAAAUGGUUGAUACAAUCUGUUUACAUUGGAAAGAUAUCACGCCCUUCACACACAGCCAGAAUAGAUAUAAAUAUUUUAUCAUUAGAUGGAUUUUUUAUGUCAUGUUGAUGAGGAAGAAAAUACAUCAUAUUGCUGAUUAUUUCUGUUGGUUAAAUUUCUUUUUUUUUUUUACACAAAACGAUGAUUAAAGAAAACUUGUUUUGCUAUCUGAGGAUACAAUUGUAAGUAUAUUUGAUUUUUGCAGAUAUUGCUCGAAAUGUCAGCUUUCAAACAGUAAUCAGUGUGAUUUUGUUCUCAGUUUGGAGGUGCAAUAGUGAUAAUGAAACCAGUGUAGUAGAAUAGGCUCUGUUACACUUUGACAAUUUCAUUUGCAUGUGUCAUAUCAUUACAUCAAUUAGGUGUAUAACCUAUGACUUGAGAAUAGCUAUCAUUAUUCCUCAAAAUUAACCAGCUCUAUGGAGGUUUUUCUGAACAGAUUGUUAUAGUGUUGAAUGAAGAAUAUUAAAUGUAGCCAAACAUGCACAAUGGUGGCUUUUAAGUUGUUGCGGGGUAAAUGUUAUCAAUGUCUUGUGUCCUAGUAUUCAUGCCAUCAUCCCAUGACAGUGUUUUAUUUUAUAAUCAUCUAGUACAAGGCAAUUGUAUGAAAAUUUGCUAUUUUGUGAAUUGGAUUUUUGUAUGGGAAAAUGUUCAUGUCUUGUGUUGGUGAAUCUGUAUUCUUGUAAUAGGAGUAGUUGCUUGAAGCCAUAGAACUAUGUAUAUAACGCAUAUCAACAUUGAAUUAGAGGAAUCAUCAAUCUGCUUAGCUUCAUGAAAUAUUCUUAGAUCUUUUAUUUUUUCCUUGGUACUGUGAAAUCAUAUUUUUUGAUGGAGCUCAAUUUUUUCAAAAAAAAAAAAAAAAAAAAAAUUUCGUGGACACUUAAUUUUGUGAAUAAAUAUAGCUCAAUAUAUCUACUUACACUUAUUUUAACAGCUUGUGGACAUAUUGAAUCCUGAAUAAUGAGUACCCACAAAAUCCAUCAAAAUAAAUUCCCAACAAAAAGUUAUGACUUUGCAAUAUCACACGAUACUUAACUCGUACAUUAGGAGACUGCCCAAAAUGUGGAAAUAUGUGACCAUGUUGAAAAUGUAGUCCAUCUAAAUAUUUUUUAGUAUUAACACAUACAAAAUGCAAAAUUAAAUUUUUUUCUGAUAUAUGUUGAAUUUAUUCAGAUACCUUGUGUGUUGUAAAAUAGCACUGUUCUACUCAUCACAGAAAUAGGUCACCUGGAUUCCAGUUUGCUAAGUUUUUGUCUUUUUUUGAUAAAAACAAGAUAUUUUGUUUGUUCACACUUUUGUUAAGUUUCAGUAAGUGUUUGUGUUAUCUCUGUAAACAAAUUCAAGUCUUGGUUCAUUUCUUGUAAUCAGUGAAAUGUUCUUUUCUGCCUUUUGUUUUUAGUUUAUAUUUUUGGUAAUAUUUUCAUUUAAGUUCAUGACAAAUUAAAAAAAUAUAAGUCAGUAUAAGAGUCCAGUCAUCAUCAUGGUCAAGAUGAAACAUGCAGUGAUGGUCAAGUGGACAGUCUUUGGGGAAAACUUUGAGACUAUAGAAGUCUUGGCAGUGUUUUAUGAUACAUUGAUAGUGGUUCAGAGUUCUCCAGGAUGUCCAUGCUUUAAAAAACUAAAUGUAUUUGUUGUUAUUAACGGUAUGCUUGUACACCAGUACAGUAUUGGUACAGUUUGUAAUUUGAUUGUCACUUUUAAUGUACAUACAUGUAUCUUUUGUUAGCUUUUUUGUCUACGAAAAUAAGACAAAUGACUUUUUGAUGCAAAUUGGCUGGCCAUUUUGUGUUCCUCUCUGAUCUGAACGAUGUUUUAGUCAACUUAAAAUAUGUGUUACUUUCAAAGGGACCUUGAUACAAGUCUGUCAAAAUUCAAAAAGAGGAAGAAUGGUUCAGGCAUUGUUUUUUUAAAGCAGUUUCCUAGCAAACAAUCUAUGAUUUUGAAACUUUUAGAACUGAACUAGAAAACAUCAGUGGCCCUCCUUUUGUUCCAUGCAGUGCAAUUGCCAUGGUUUCAGAGUUAAUCUCUAAACACUUUACAUACAACUUUGUUUUACUUUUAACACCCUCCUGGCAGCCAUCUUUGCCUCUUGUGGAGGCAUCUACUGUUGUAUCUUGUAAGCUGUAUUAUAUAUCAUUCUGCUUAGGUAUAAUUUUUAUAGAAAUAUUUGGCAUUGGAAACAAAAGAAUCCAUACAUGUAUUUGUGUCUGGGCCCCAUCACUGCUGUAUUGAAAAUCCUUUGUACUCUGAAUACAAAAGCGUUUAAAACAAGCAUUUAGAUUAUUAUGCUUGUUAGAAACUGUUGAUGAUUUUGGAAUAUUAAAGGAAUAGAAUGGAUCAAAAUACACACUCCUCCAUUCACAUGCAUUCUUGAUUCCUUGUUUAAUAUUAAAUGAACAAUACAGAGAAAAUAAAGGAAACAUUUAAAUUUUAGAUUGUGUGUCCUGGAAUCAGUUCAGCAUUUAUAACAAGGUUCAGUUUGAUUUUAAGAUCAUCACUUUGGGUAAUUGAUCCAUAUAAAACAAGUUAAUGCAAGACAUUAAGAAUAAUACAUGUAUCAGCUGAUCCAGAUCUUGAUUGCAUUCAUCAUGAAGUACUGUAAGAUUUGAUGAUUACCCUGUAAGAUUUGAUGAUUACACUAUAAGAUUUGAUGAUUACACUGUAAGAUUUGAUGAUUACCCUGUAAGAUUUGAUGAUUACACUGUAAGAUUUGAUGAUUACCCUGUAAGAUUUGAUGAUUACACUGUAAGAUUUGAUGAUUACACUAAGAUUUGAUGAUUACACUGUAAGAUUUGAUGAUUACACUGUAAGAUUUGAUGAUUACCCUGUAAGAUUUGAUGAUUACACUGUAAGAUUUGAUGAUUACACUGUAAGAUUUGAUGAUUACACUGUAAGAUUUGAUAAUUACCCUGUAAGAUUUGAUGAUUACACUGUAAGAUUUGAUGAUUACACUGUAAGAUUUGAUGAUUACCCUAUAAGAUUUGAUGAUUACCCUGUAAGAUUUGAUGAUUACACUGUAAGAUUUGAUGAUUACACUGUAAGAUUUUGAUGAUUACCCUGUAAGAUUUUAAUGAUCCCUCUUUGGAAUCAUAUUGUUAUAUAAACUAAAACCACCGCCAUUGCUUACCUUUAUCAUCUUGAUUUUAUUGUCGACUUGUUAAUGACAUAAAGUAAAGGUUUAUUGAUUACAAAUCAUUUCGUUAGAAACACAACAGCCACUCAGCCAUGGGCAGCAUGGCUAGCGACUUUUUCUUCGAAAAUAUUAAUUAUCUCCCCUUAAUUUGUAUUUUCUUUCAGGCAUUGUCUGUUUAUUAAAGAAAAAAAAUGUAGUUAUGGAGUGCGCUUAUAUUUUACAUGUCAAAUUAAACAUUAUGUUCCAUCUUUGCUUGCCAAGGGUUCAUCUCGUAUAUAAUAAUGAAAAUUGUGCAUAGUUGAUUUGGCUAGCAAAGAUAAUUCUAUUCUGUAUCAUCAAUAUACAGUAUACAGACAGUUCUCAAAGUCUUAAUAUUCUGUAGUAUGGAAUACAGCUUUCUGUAACAAAACAUAGAAUGAUAUUAGAUAAUGAUAGAUACUGGUGGAUAUGAAUGAAUUACACAGCCAACAUUUUCUUUUGUCCAUGCCCACAGGCUGAAAUCCAGUCUUUAAAAAUUUAAUAAAAACCUACCUUGUGAUUGGUAUUUCAUCAUUUCAAUUUUUUUUCUUUUUGCAUUUCAUUAAUUGAUUCUGUCUGGAAAGGUAUAUUUAAAUGUAGAAAUUAAGAUUAAGUAAACAUUGAUCCUAAAAUGAUGAUAUUAGACACUAUAGAAAAUUGUCAAGUUAAGGAAGUGUUCAUUGUAUGGUUUGUAAUUGUACAUAUAUUCAGACAUAUUUUUUGUAUGGUAUAUUAGACAUUGUCAUAAUUCUGUUAUAUUAAUCAGUUAUGAAAGAUGAAUCAAUUUUUUGUUUUUGUGUUCAUUUACAAUUUUCUCUAUGUUUAAUAACUGAUUAUUAGUGAAAAUUUCAGUUCCUUAGAGAGCAAUGUUUCUUGUUUACAAACAAUGCUGAAAAUAACCUACCAAUUCAGAUCUUAAUGUAAGCUCUUGUUGACCCCAAGAUGGAUUUAGACAAGCUGAUGAGAACACAUGGGUCUGUUACUGCAGACAGGGGACUUAAACACUGAGAAAGAUUAAAUAUAUCCUAUGUGUAUAUAUACAUACCGAGAAGCUAGGCUUCAAAUGUGCAUGAAUGUUUAUUAAAACAUAUGACAAUA